UUGAGAGGUCUAAGCAGUGGUUCUUGCAACACAAUCUACAGGCUGUGCGCGAAAUACAAGGCGAUAAAGAAUGGGGCUUCUGGAACUUCCCUCGGAGAUUAUUUUAUUAGUUUACCAGGGCCUGAAUUUGACAAGUGAUGCUUAUUACUUCUCACAAUCAUGCAAAUACGCCUACAAUGUCUUCAGUGUUCCUCAUAACCGAGGCAAGAUCUUGCGAUCAAUCCUAAACAAUAUGCUUAGUGCUGCAGCACCAAACCGAGCCUGGCUGGAAGCUUGCUUUGGGGCAAACACGCUAUGGAGGCCCACAGACAAUCCUGUUGGCCUGGACCAUGAUCGUACUCGAGAGUUUCUUUUAAAUGUUGGCUUCCCUGCCUUCAAGAUACACGGCAUACCUUUCGAAUCUACACAUUUAGCACAACAUGCAAAUAAUAGUCUGAAACACUACGUUCUUACCGAUGAGAAUGAACUUGAAAUGCAUCACACCCCAUCCUGUCCGCUAGCUCAGUGCACUGACAUCUAUUUCCAUUUUGGAACUGUCAACGGCUGUAUGGUAAUGGUGGAUGGGGUGGACGGUGAUGUAUGGCUUUAUGAACCAGAUUACCACCCGUACGCUGGAGCCCAUUUCUAUAUAUAUGACUGCCCUUGGCGUAAUACAGUUGCAUGGUCGUUGGAUAGCUUGGCGAUGCUGCUUGGGAUGGUGGCAGCUGUGGUACAGGACCUGAGAGACGCUUCCUGGAAGUCAGCUUCAUGGGGCUCUGAGGCACGUAAGUGUAUUCUUGAUCUGUUAAGGGAACAUAUCAACGGGUGCGAUUAUGUGGUCGCAGAGGAUAUUUCGGGGUUUUGGGGUGACUUGUUUAAGAAUUUGAUGGAGGAGUGAUGUAGCACUGGCACAUGUCCCCUCAUACUACUGAGCCGCCUGAUUGAACUUCCUAUUUGGAUGAGGAGUGAGCAUGCGGUGCGCGCUGAAGUAAGAGCAAAGGGGGAUUAAUGGCGGUUCCAGUUCAAAGAAAGGUUUGGAUUGCUCUUUUCUAUUCU